GAAGAGCAGCUCUCUCCUCCAGCACUUGACUCCUCUCUCCUGAUCUCCAUCCCUCUGUGUGAGAAACCAGACCUUCUGCUAGGAUGAAGAACCUGACAGCUCUGCUGUUUCUGAUGUCUCUCUGCUCUCUUCAUCUGGUGUUUAGUGCUCCCACUAGUUUUGACCACAAGAUUUCAUGCUGUCCAGGCACAACUAAAAUGAGGCUCCCAGUAAACAACAUUGUGGGAUACUCGUUGACCAGCCGCGAUUGCCCCAUAAAGGCCAUUGUUUUUGAGAUGAAAACUAAGAAGAAAUUCUGUGUGGAUCCUACUGCUGGCUGGGUCAAGAAUCACAUGAAAGCAGUGGAUCAAAAAAACAACGCCACAGUGUCUCUGCAAACCUCUCAUCCUCAGCAAUAGAUGAUUCCAACACAGAACACUAAAUUAAUAUUUACAUAUCCUCACCUCUGUGCUUCUGAUGUUAUUACGAGAUCAGUAUCACAGUCUGUGUAUUAUUUAUGUUUGUUUCUAUUUAAAUUCCAAUGAAAUUAAAUAUUGUCAUAUGUCACAUGUACCAUGGUUUCCUGAAAGUCAUUGCUUUAUUAUUGACAUAUGAUAUAUGGCAAGGCAUUUUAAUACAGAAACAAGCACUUUGUAAUGAUUUAAUUAUACAGUCAACAUAUUCUCAGCUCUGGGCCUCAUUGUGACAGCAUUAACCUGGUGUUUAUGAGAGUUCAGUAUCACUGACCGUGUCCUUCUUCAUGUUUGUUAGUCAA